UCCAUGCAGGUCAGUGAAAAAACAUUUAAAAUCAUCAACUAUGAUUAACUUCAUACUAAACAAAUGCUCAAUAAACUCCUCAGUGGGAAGUCUGGUAGUCACAUGACUGUGUAGUGACACUGUGUGUUGGCCUGCAUUAAGGCGUUCCUGAUUAAAGAGUCUUCACAGAGUGUUAGUUUCACACCCGAAAAUAACCCAUGGGUCACACUUGUGUCUCGUUGCAUGUUUAAAAUGCAUAAAACAGGAAAUAGGGCUUUCAACAUAACAGCAACACACACAGACACUUAGGCAGUGUUCCUUCAGACGGCCACUCGGAGUGUAGUUUUAGACAAUUAAAUAUCAGUAUAAGUGCGUCUAUAAGGACUGAUAACUACUUCACUGAAAGAUCAGGAUUACUGUAAAGAGAAGAAUGGAGAUGAGUGAGGAGAUUUAUGCAAAUGCAAAAGGUACAGCAGACGACAGAGCUGAUUACAGUGACAGUGAGAACUCAUAUGAAGAUGUUUAUGCGAAUGAGGACAAUUUGGAGACCCAGAGGACCGGAAGCUUCAAGCAAUCUGAUCACUCAGGAUUCAACACUGAAAGAGGCAGAUGUUACAGACUGACCGCAGUGUGUGUGCUGCUGCUGUGUGUUUUUCUGCUGACUGCCAUCACGGUGCUGUGGAUCAAAUUCACCAACCUGAAUACACAGAUAGACCAGUUACAGACCAGUUACAACAACGUGACAAUAAAGAGAGACCACUUACAGACCACUUACACCAACCUGACUAUAGAGAGAGACCAGUUACAGACCAGUUACAACAUCCUGACUAUAGAGAGAGACCAGUUACAGACCAGUUACAACAACCUGACUACAGAGAGAGACCAGUUACAGACCAGUUACAACAACCUCACUAUAGAGAGAGACCAAUUACAGACCAGUUACAACACAAUGACUAUAGAGAGAGACCAGUUACAGACCAGUUACAACACAAUGACUAUAGAGAGAGACCAGUUACAGACCAGUUACAACACAAUGACUACAGAGAGAGACCAGUUACAGACCAGUUCCAACACCCUGACUACUGAGAGAGACCAGUGUAGAAACAUGAUGGCUGGAGUUCUUGUUAAACAAGGAUGGAGAUUCUUCAACUCCAAACUUUACUACAUCCCUACUGAGGAGAAGAGCUGGACUGAGAGCAGACAGGACUGCAGAGAGAGAGGAGCAGACCUGGUGAUCAUAAACAGCAAUAAGAAAUGGGAGUUCAUCAUUAAACAUCUGGGCGACAAAAAUCGGGCUUGGAUUGGUCUGAGUGACAGAGUCACAGAGGGAGAGUGGAAGUGGGUGGACGGGACAGAAUUGAAGAGCGGCACUGGGUACUGGUACGGGGGCGAACCGAAUAAUCAACAUAAUAAUGAAGACUGUGCUGAGAUCUGGACUUUUUCAGAUAAGAAGGCCUGGAAUGACAGACCAUGCUCUGAGAAACAAUGGUGGAUCUGUGAGAUAAAUAUUUUUUAGUGGUAAAUUUACAUCCGAAGGCAAAAUUAUAAAAUGCAUAUCAAAUGUAUGUAAUGAGCAGUUGGACCCUUUAUAACUAUCAUUUAUAUAGAGCUAUUUAUCAUGUGACCCUCUCAGUUAACCUGCUCACGCAGAACUAACACAUGUUAAUUCACCCAUUUCAUAUUUAUUUCAUAUAAUUCUUAUAGAUUUCAGUAAAAUAAAGUGCACAGAUUAACAAGGCAAGGAUUUUCUUAGACACCAUAAACACUUUUAGAUAUUUUCUUAAGAUAUGAUCAGUCCACUGAUUUACCUGCAGAAUGAAAACUGUAUUAUUAGUACACAAUGUCCUUCCAAUUUCCAGCUGAAACCAAUGAGGCCAGAGAGAAAGAAGAAUGAGUUUAAAGCCUAAACUGUUUUAUUACCAUGAUGAUGAUGAUGAUGAUGAUAGUAAUAAUAAUAGUAAUAAUAAUAAUAAUAAUAAUAAUAAUAAUAAUAAUAAUAAUAAUAAUAAUAAAUACAUCUGCUUC